UAAUUUAGUUUUUUGUUAGACAGAACAGAAGUAUUGAAGUAGAGCUAUUUGAGUAACAUUCAUCUUGUUCCUCUGUUGGUGGCUUCAGGUUCAGGUUCCGCUUCAAGUUCAAAUUCUCAGUGAAACCAAUUCAGUUCAGUUAAAAUUUCAAAUCCGAAGCGAGAUUCGCCAUGGAGAGGCUUCAGCGAAUGUUUGCAGGUGCAGGGGGAGCGCUAGGGCACCCUCCCCCAGAUUCCCCAACUCUCGAUUCCUCUGAGCAGGUCUACAUCUCCUCACUCGCGCUCCUCAAGAUGCUCAAGCACGGAAGGGCCGGGGUUCCCAUGGAGGUGAUGGGUUUGAUGCUGGGAGAGUUCGUGGACGAGUACACCGUCCGUGUGGUUGAUGUCUUCGCAAUGCCCCAGAGUGGCACUGGUGUUAGUGUUGAAGCUGUUGAUCAUGUCUUCCAGACUAAUAUGCUUGACAUGCUCAAACAGACUGGACGACCUGAGAUGGUUGUUGGCUGGUACCAUUCACAUCCUGGAUUUGGCUGUUGGCUCUCUGGUGUUGACAUCAAUACCCAGCAGAGUUUUGAGGCUUUGAAUCAGCGUGCAGUGGCUGUGGUUGUUGAUCCAAUACAAAGUGUUAAAGGCAAAGUGGUGAUCGAUGCUUUUCGGCUGAUCAAUCCACAAACUAUGAUGCUUGGUCAAGAACCAAGGCAGACAACAUCCAAUCUAGGACAUCUGAAUAAACCAUCCAUUCAAGCUUUGAUUCAUGGGUUGAACCGGCAUUACUAUUUCAUAGCCAUUAAUUACAGGAAGAAUGAACUUGAGGAAAAGAUGUUACUUAAUCUUCACAAGAAGAAAUGGACUGAUGGUUUGACACUUCGACGGUUUGAUACACAUUCCAAAACUAAUGAACAAACUGUACAGGAAAUGCUGAACUUAGCUAUCAAAUAUAACAAGGCUGUUCAAGAGGAAGAUGAGCUGCCUCCAGAAAAGCUUGCUAUAGCAAAUGUGGGAAGACAGGAUGCGAAGAAGCAUCUUGAAGAGCACGUCUCAAAUUUGAUGUCUUCCAACAUCGUUCAAACUCUGGGAAUGAUGCUUGAUACUGUUGUCUUCUAGAGUCGUUAUUCAGGACCUUCUGGUUUCUCUAGCGUGGUAAAGAGACAAAUUGAGUUAUUACAAUUCCUGUUUUCUAAUUCUUUUGAAACUAUAUUUGAGGACGGAUAUAUUCUUUGGACGAGCUGAAAAGGUCAAGAAAGUAAAACUCAGAGCAUAGUAGUUUGGUUGGUGUCUCCCCCAUUAUUACUAUUACUGGGUAUCUUUAUUGUUAUUGCUGGAUGUUAUCUU